AUGUCUGAAUUCAAGGCAGCCUACUUUGCCGCUGGUGGUAACAGGCAUCCUUCAGCAGCUGAUUGGGACUGUCGAUCCGGACUACUAGCAUUCGGAGCUGAUCAAAACGUAGCAAUUUGGAGCCCGUUAUCAAGAGACCAUAAAUCCGUAAAAUGUCUUUUGGCUGGCCACAAAAACACCGUCAAUGCUGUCAAAUUCUUCCCCACGCUUCAGGGAUGCUCUCCAAUUAUCGUCAGCGGCUCUACCGACAAGACAAUCCGGAUAUGGAGGAUGUCGGAAAGUGAAGGCCAAGUGAUUCGAAUCCUCGACGAUCAUGCUUCAUCCGUUAAUUGCAUAUCUGUAAAUUCGCAUCCGAAUCUAGUCGUGUCUGGCUCAGCAGACUCGAUAAUCAAAAUCUGGCAUCUAGACUUAGAGGGCCCGGUUGUGGAAACAACUUUACUACAGACAAUUGAUCUUGCUCCACGAUUUUUACCUCUUACUACAGCACUGCACUCUUUGAAUCAAAAUCGAGAUCUUGUUCUGGCCGUCGCUGGCACAAGCAGCACCGCUCAUGUCUACGUUAAGUUGAAAGGGGGAAUCUUCGAGCAUCAAGCCUCCUUGACUGGCCAUGAAGGCUGGAUAAGAUCCCUCUCGAUCAGUGAAGAGUUCCAAUGUCCGCAAAGCGAUUUAGUCCUCGCUUCUGCAAGUCAAGAUAAGUAUAUCCGCCUCUGGCGUAUUGCUAGAACGGUACCGACUGUUCCGUCUCAUCAAGUCGAUUUGGUUGAUGCUUUCGAAGAAUCGCUUUCUAACAAGAGGCACAAGCUGCAAAGCUCAUCGGGACAUCAUAUGCUUACGUUCGAAGCGUUGUUGCUCGGCCAUGAAGAUUGGAUUUAUACAGUUUCGUGGCACCUACAGCAAGGUAAAUUGCAGCUUCUCUCUGCGUCUGCAGAUAACUCUCUUGCUAUUUGGCAGCCAGAAGCUUCCUCUGGCAUCUGGAUACCAGUGACAAGACUUGGAGAGAUUAGUCUCCAGAAGGGCUCGACAACGGCAAGUGGCAGCACAGGAGGCUUCUGGGUUGGGCUCUGGUCUCCGGAUGGAACGAGUGUGGUCAGUCUUGGAAGGACUGGUAGCUGGAGAUUGUGGAUGUAUAAUGAAAAGGAAGAUCGCUGGUUGCAACAUUCCGGUAUUAGUGGCCACACAAAAUCGAUUACUGACAUAGCUUGGUCCAAAGACGGAAACUAUUUAUUAUCUACCAGCUCUGAUCAAACAACUAGGUUGAACGCUGAGUCGAUCAAAGACGGUCUGGCAUCAUGGCAGGAAUUGGCACGGCCUCAGAUCCACGGCUACGAUCUCAACUGUAUUGACUCUAUCAGCUCGACUCAAUUCAUUUCUGGAGCGGACGAAAAGCUCCUUCGGGUCUUUGACGAGCCUCGGCAAACCGCGGAGCUAUUGCGACGACUAUGUGGCAUACACAGCGCGGAAGAGCACAAACUUACAGACUCAGCAAGCAUGCCUGUCCUUGGUUUAUCCAACAAAGCCGGUACAGAGCCAGACGAUGAGCGGAAUACCAUGAAAGGGACCGUGGGAAACGGAGGGAUGAUGGAGAAUAAGCAGAUAGAUACUGCUGCCAUGACCAUGCCAACGGAAGAUCAAUUAGCGAGGCAUACUCUAUGGCCUGAGCGAGAAAAGCUUUACGGUCACGGCUACGAGAUAUCAGCAGUAGCAGCCUCUCAUGACGGCACGCUCGUCGCAACAAGUUGCAAAGCUAGCUCGCUGUCUCACGCUGUCAUAAGGCUGUACACUACCAAAGACUGGCGGGAGGUCAAGCCCGCGCUGAAGGCGCAUUCGUUGACGGUCACGGCCCUUGCAUUUGCGAAUGAUGACAAAUAUCUCCUUAGCACUGGUAGAGAUAGACAAUGGGCUGUCUUCGAGAGAGAUAGCACAAAUGCCUCCAACUACAUAGUCAAGCAUGCCAAUCCAAAGGGCCACUCGAGGAUGAUUCUCGAUGCUUGUUGGUCCGCAGAGACUAUGGGAAGAGUGUUUGCGACCGCUGGGCGUGACAAGGCGGUUAAAAUUUGGCUCAUGGGCAAUGGGCAGGUUGGUUUAGUAUCGAACACGUUGUACCCCUCUGCAGUUAGCGCGCUUGACUUUGGGCCCGAGCUAUUCAAGGGACGUCGUCUGUUGGCCGUGGGCACAGAAUCUGGCGAUCUCAUUCUGCAAGAGGUCAUUUUCGGAUCAUGGGAGACUUCGGCGAUGGUAAGGAUAAAGGAAUCGUGA